GCAGAGAAGAGGAUCACUCCGGGGAAGGCUCUCACUCACCCCUUUGUCACAAUGGCCCAUCUGGUGGAUGAAGUAGAGAUCAGCUUAUAUGCCAAGAAUUCUUCAAAGAAAAUGGCGGUCGUACCAACGGACAACUUCGAUGAGGACCUAUCUCCUAAUGGUGAGGCUGAAGGAGAGCCCAAUGAUGAAGAGCCUUCAGCCACAGCUCAUUUCAAUGACGCAGCUGUUCCUCGCUCCUGUGACAGCAUGCCUCGCUCAUCUGAUGGAGCAGAGGCUGCUGCAGAGAUAGAGGAUAUAUUUUUUACAGCUUUAGAGGAACCAGCUGUUUGCCAAGUUGCAGCCAGUCCAGCUGACGGUGAGGCUCAGGAAAGGCCCAAAGAUGAAGAGCCUUCAGCCACACCUCCUAAAAAUGAUGCCGGCUCAGCUGUUCCUCGCUCCUGUGGCAGCGUUGAAAAAAUGCUUCAUUCAUCUGAUGGAGCAGAAGCUGCUGCAGGAAUAGACGCUGCUGGCUCAGCUGUUAGCCAAGGUGUAGCCAGUCCAGCUGAAGAGACAUCGGCCGAUGGCGGGUCACCAGAUGAGUGUCCGCCUGCCAAAGAUAAGAAGAGCCGACUGAAGAGAAUCCGGAAAUUCUUUGGCAGGACAAUAAGGACCUUGUUUGGAAAGAAAAGAAAUGAUUAA